UUUUGAGGAUAAGUUUUUCGUUUUUUCUCAUCCAAUUAGAGAUAGAUAGAGAUCUUGAUACUUUUUAUUUUAUUUUAUUUUUAUUUCUGGGUUAGAAAAUGUUUGGUGGAAAAAAAUCCAAACCAGAAAAAGCAAAGUCCAUCAUUCUACAUAUAUAAAUCAGAGACAAGAUUUAUCCUGGUGAGUGGUGAUUUCUCUCUAUCCCUCUCAAGUAGAUCAUGGUUUGAGAGGUUUUAGUAGUUGAUUAGUGGGUUUGGUGGGCAAGAAUAUGGGCAGGAAAUGUUCUUACUGUGGGAGUAUAGGGCAUAAUUCAAGAACUUGCACUUUUCACAAAGAAAGUCUGAAGCUCUUUGGAGUUCAACUAAACCUAACUUUUCCGUCUUCUUCUUCUUCUUCUUCAUCUUCUCUUGUUUCUUUGACGAAAAGUUCUAGCGUGGAUUGCUUGUCAUCUCCAUCCACAGCUUCUUCUUCUACUUGUUCUAGAUCUUCGCUUGCCACUGUGGAAGAAAAUGUUGAUACAUUCUCGAAUGGAUAUCUCUCUGAUGGCCUGCUUGGGCGUACCCAAGAAAGGAAGAAAGGAGUGCCAUGGAGUGAGGAGGAGCAUCGGAUCUUUCUACUAGGGCUCCAUAAGCUAGGGAAGGGUGAUUGGAGAGGUAUUUCUAGGAACUUUGUGACCACAAGAACUCCAACCCAAGUAGCCAGUCAUGCACAGAAAUAUUUUCUCAGACAAAACAGCCUCAUCAACAAAAGAAAACGCCGUCCUAGCCUCUUCGAUAUGGGCAGUGGUCAAUCCUCAAUUGAACCCCUCAACGGUGGCAUUUCUAAGAAAACUGAAAGUGAUAAUAUUUUUGGUUCUGGUUUUGCAUUGAAGACCACGGAAGCUUCUCCAUCUGCUCGUCAUCACCUUUCCACAUCGCCUAUAUGGUUAAGUACUAAACCUUUCAACUCUGAACCUACUUUUGGUGCAACAAAUAAUCCUAAUCUUCAAUGUGCACCACCAGAUUUAGAGCUAAAACUUGCAGCUCCAUCUUCACUGGAUCAGAGCAACACUUGCUCAAGUGAUCUUCUAAUUGGAGCCAUUUGGGCCACAUGAUCAUUCAAGAUUUAAAUUCUUGAAAUCACUUGUAUUACAAUGCACAUUCAAUCUUUGAACACUCGCUGUUGGCCAAUGGUGAAGCACAUUUUGGAAAAUCUUUUAUUAUUAUUAUUAUUAUUAUGAUCAUAUGCUCUCUUUACUGUUUAAACGGUAAGCCUAUUACAUGUAAUUUGCGGAUAAAUGAAAAUUUCUUAAAAGGGUA